UGUUGGCAUCACGGUCACUCCGCUGUACACCUCGACUCGCUCCACCGUCUCAGGACAACCUCACUUCUCCUUCUUCAGCCAGGAUGGAUCACCAUGACGGGAACGUGUAUGAGACCCCGAAUCCCACCUACCAGAACGAGAGCACAGGCGAUUAUGACCUGACCAUCGAGACAAGAUACGAAGAGCACAUAUAUGUGACAACAGAGUAUGAAAACACCCGUCGGGGCUCAGAUAUACCAGAUGCGCCGUCUCUGCCAGCACCGGACCGUCCUUCAGAGGAGAGGCGAGGCAGUUCAUCCUCCUCAUCCUCCUCGUCUUCUUCACACCACGAGGACGAACGGAGAGGGGGAUCGGAGGGAUCUAGUCGUGAACAGGAGAUAGAGGAAGUGGUGGAAAGACAGAAAGAGAGAUCUGAGGGAUCUAGUAGCGACGAGGAGGUAGAAGAAGUGGUGGUGAGGCAGAAAUCAGAAUCAGAGGGAUCUAGUCAUGAAGAGGAGGAAGAGGAAGAGGAGAAGAGAGAGGUCGUUAGCAGCAAAGUGGCGGCCUGGGAGAGGAGGUCACCGAUUGUGGAGAUGAACUCGUCACGCAGAUCCUCGUCUUCAUCAUCUUCAUCAUCAGCCUCUGAGAAGGAGGAAGCUGAGCCUGAGAAAGAUGGCAUCAAGGUCACACUUUUUACCAAGGCUGGAAGUGAUGGGGAGAGCAUCGGAAACUGUCCUUUCUCUCAGAGGCUCUUCAUGAUCCUGUGGCUGAAAGGAGUCGUCUUCAAUGUCACCACUGUUGACCUAAAGAGGAAACCGGUCGAUCUCUACAACCUGGCACCAGGGACACACCCGCCCUUCAUCAGCUUCCAGGGAGAGGUUCUCACCGAUGUCAACAAAAUAGAGGAGUACCUGGAGGCUGAGCUUUCUCCACCAAAGUAUCCCAAACUCGCUGCCAGGAACCGGGAAUCCAACACAGCAGGGAACGACAUCUUCGCCAGGUUCUCAGCGUAUGUCAAAAAUACAAGGCCAGAUAAACAUGAUGCGUUGGAGAAGAGUCUGAACAAGGCCCUGGCUCACCUGGAUGCAUAUCUGAUGAGUCCCCUGCCUGAGGAAGUUCAGUCUGGACGCCACAGUGGUGAUGGAGAGUCCAACCGCAAAUUCCUGGACGGGGAUGAGCUGACGUUGGCCGAUUGCAAUCUUCUGCCCAAACUUCACGUUGUCAAGGUGGUUGCAAAGAAAUACAGAAAAUACGACAUCCCGUCUGAGUUCAGAGGUGUGUGGCGUUACCUUGGCAACGCCUAUGACCGAGACGAGUUCACCAACACCUGCCCAGCUGAUGAGGAAAUCGAGCUAGCUUACAGGGACGUAGCCAAGAGGCUGGGGAAAUGAACGCACCUCAACCGCAAGCACUAAAAUACCUUUGUCUCUUUUUAAAAAAUUCAUCGAAUCACACUCUUGACACACGAUGUGUCACUUUUAACACUAAUAUAGUAAAUAUUACUAAACACUACUAAAUGAGUCAUCACAAGUCAGAUGCCUUGAAAACGGUUAAGAUUGUGAUGAUUAUAUAUGUGAUUUUUCAAAGCACAAGGUGACUUUUAUUUAUUAAGAAAAAAUUUUAUUAUCUUGCCGUAGACCAUAAGCUAAAUCCGGAAUUUGAACAACUGUCCAAUCAUGAGUUUGAAACCAUAGCAAGGAUUUUUCGCUAGGGUGCAUCAAUUUAUAUGGAGCUGUAAUAAGAGAAAAAAAUUCAUACAAAGCACUUGGAACAUCAUCUGUGUACGUCUUUGCAAUUCUUUAUUCAAUUUACAUUAUCAAAAAAAAAAUCUAAAGAGAAAAGACCUUCAUUAUACAUUUUGUGUUGUCUUUUUUUUUGUAAAUUGACAAAUGUCUGUCAGUUUAAGUUGUUUUUGUUCAUGCUUGCAAGCACAAAACACAGAAUUGAACGUUUUAAUAAUGAGUCAAUAAUUGCUUUUGUCUACAAACCUAACUGUGAAGCUACAACCAUACAUGAACAAGUUAAACUAAAUAGGGGAAAAAAUUGCUAACGAAUCCAUCUUUCAUUUGAUUUACUUUAAUGGUGCGAAUUAAACAAAGAACUGCAAAGUGGUACAUGACCAGAACACAAUAAAAAAGUGCAAAGAAUCACUUCAAAUUUGUUUUUAACUGCUUCAACCUGUGCUGCAAAUGUUAGCAUGUCUUGCUAAUUACCUUACUUCCUAAUGGAGUGUUGCUAAAAAUCCAAGAAGCACGACAUGAGCUAACUUAAUUAGCUGCUGUCUUUUAUCAUAAUAUCAUUAAUGUACCUCUGAAGUGCACAUUAAAGAUGUCUCUAUUGAUUCGUGUUUAUAAAGAAAUGAUAUGGAAACAAACUGAGAAGGCAUUUUCAAGUAGCUUGCGAAGCUAAAGUUAGCUUCCUCGACUAGCUUGCUACAGCUACAGCUAGCCCAGUAAGCUAACGUUAACCAGAAACAGUUGGAAUUUUAGCUGGUUAAACUGACAGCAGCUGGACAGAAAUUAAAAAUAAUAUUUUCUUAAUGUCUAUCUGUAAUUAAGAACAAAAUUUUUUGGAAGAAAGAGAUAUUUUGGCUACCUUUAGGAAGAUGGGUGUUGGCAAACAGUCAAACAGAGGUGUCAAAGCUGAAGGAAAGAAAGUUUUGUUGAUGAAGCUAGUGCUACAGGUGUAUUUUUCCAAAAUCUAAUGAGGUAUUUUCCGCUCACUAAUUAAAUUCUAACUAUUUCAUGUUAUAAAUUUCCUUCACAGAAAUGAUGAGAUGCUUAGAACCAAGUCGGACUACCUGUGUUUUUUUUUUUCUUUUUAGUGAUUUUAUGUGUGAUUUGCAUUAAUGUAUGUUUCCACACUGCAGGAUGUUAUUGGAAAACACUGCUACAAAUGUGUUUCAGCCAAAGUCUUUUACUUCUGCAGUGUCAGCUUGGUAGACUUCAGAGAUGUGGUGUCUCUUUUCCUAAGGAGGCAAUGAACAUUUUAUUUGACUUGUUAAAUUUUGUGUUUCAGACACAUUUCCUUUUGAAGUUACAAAUCUCUUUCUGUAUUUUUAUAGCCUCCCACCACAGUUUACAGCCCACACAUUAUAGUGUCAGUCCUUAUCUAAAAAGGCCUGUCUUAGUAUUUCAGAUUAAGAGCAUACAUUCAUUCUGAAAAUUUGUCUUAACGCAAUCACCAAAAAGACAAUGUAACCAUCCAGUUCUUAUGUGAUUUAAUGCACACUGAUGGUAGUGAAUGUCAUUUUAAUUACGAGUGCCUUAGUGGGAAUCAAGCUCCCCUCCGCCUUCAGCUCUUUAUGUUUGUACAGUCAAUUAUGUUUAAAUAUAAUAAAAAUGUGAAUUUUCCAAAGGCUUUUUCCUGCUCUGAGUGAGAUUAAUAUGUCCGUAUAUGAUCAGCAGCUUUAUUCAUAAUCUUUCUGAUGAUUAGAACCUCGAAGCCACUGUGUAUACUAUGUUGCGCAUUUGAAUAAUAAAUCUAUUUUCUCAGAGACUGA